AUGCAUAUACUCAAUACUGAGGCGGACUUUAGGGUUUUGUCUCUGGCGAUAAACUCUCUCAGCACAGAUCAGCAGCAGCAGCAGCAGCAGCAGCAGCUAGAGAAGCAUUCUCUUUUCCCUAACUUUGGUUAUUUAUACCCAGACGGUACCGACAGAAUCCGCAAGGCCUGGAACGACCCCACACUCCGAGCAGCCCUAGAGCCGUACCCCGUAGGUGUCUCCUUUCAGCAGCAGCAGCAGCAGCAGCAACAGCAGCAGCAGCAGCAGCAACAGCAGCAGCAGCAGCAGCAACAGCAGCAGCAGCAGCAGCAACAGCAGCAGCAGCAGCAGCAACAGCAGUUGCUGCAGCAGCAAGAGCACUGUGUUUUGUAUUUUUUGUUUUUUGCUGCUGCAGCGAUAUCUGAACGUCUAUGA